ACCACUGGUUCGACCAAUAAGAUCAGCGCAAGCGUGGCUUUUGACCAAUCGAAUUCCUCCGGCGAGAGCGCGCCGCAGACGUUCCCUUCGCACACGUGCGUGAUGUGAUAGUAACCUUCACAAGAACCGAGCGAAAUCAAAGGUGUUUAGCAUGGAGGCAGCAAUGGCCAUCACGACCAAAUACUGCCAGAAGGAGCUGGAUGAAUAUGGUACAUGUGUAGUCUCCCAUCCAGCAUCGUGGCAAGAGAAGUGUGUGGACCUGAAGCUGAGGGUGGCACAGUGCACUUCAUCACAUCCUGUGAUAAGAAAGAUCCGGAGCGACUGUGCGGGUGAGUUUUCCGUGUUUGAGCGCUGUCUGCGGGAGAACCCGAGCUCUGCUGAAGCGUGUCAACCUCACCUCACACGUUUCCUCGCAUGUGUUGAGAGCGUCGACCUUUCAGGAAUAGCAAAUGCUGCGCCGCAGCCCACAUAGAUGUUUUUUUGUCACUGUUCAGGCUAAUGAGGACAGUAACACAGGUGUUUUAUACUCAGCACUGGAAGAAAUGGGCUGCGGAAAAGCGUAUCAUCUUUGAAGAACUGCAACACACACACACACAAACAGAAACAAACCUCAGUCUUUUGCACACCUUUUUUUCCAAAAUAUUCAAUGUGAUGUUUUAUUUUGUUAAUGGAACAUUUCACACUAUUUAUGAGAUUUUUAAAAGCUUCCAUGAUAUUAAAACACGAAGUUGCAAUAAAA